CUGUGGUAAGUGGUGGCGCUAGAGUUGACUUGGCGGUUUUAGUUUUUCUGCGUUAAGGACUUUAUUAGAGAAGUGGCUAUAACAAAAAAGUCGUUUGGAACUAUGUCAAAGUCCAAAGGACCUAAUCUACCUUGGGUUGAAAAAUACCGGCCAACGAAGCUAGAUGAUCUAAUUUCUCAUGAAGAUAUAAUUGCAACAAUUAAUAAAUUCAUUAAAGAAGACCAACUGCCUCAUUUAUUAUUUUAUGGGCCACCAGGAACUGGAAAAACAAGCACUAUUCUGGCUUCUGCCAAACAGUUAUAUUCACAAAACCAGAUUAAUUCAAUGGUACUGGAAUUAAAUGCGUCUGAUGACCGGGGAAUUGGUAUUGUUCGUGGUCAAAUCUUAAGCUUUGCAAGCACCAGAACAAUCUUCAACACUGGUUUCAAACUCAUAAUUCUGGACGAAGCGGAUGCCAUGACUAAUGAUGCUCAAAAUGCUUUGAGGCGAAUUAUAGAAAAGUUCACAGAAAAUGUAAGGUUCUGCAUUAUUUGCAAUUACUUGAGCAAAAUAAUCCCUGCAUUGCAGUCACGAUGUACAAGAUUCCGAUUUGCACCACUUACACCUGAGCAGAUCCUGCCAAGAUUGGAAUACGUUAUAGAACAGGAAACUGUAAAUGUAACAGAAGAUGGAAAGAAAGCACUUCUAACACUUGCUCAAGGUGACAUGAGGAAAGCACUAAACAUCUUACAGAGCACAUCAAUGGCAUACAAGGAGGUCACAGAAGAUAAUGUGUAUACAUGUGUUGGUCAUCCUUUGAAGAGUGACAUUUCCAAUAUUGUCAAAUGGUUGCUUAAUGAAGAUUUUUCAUCUGCAUAUAAAAAAAUUCAAGAUAUGAAAACUGCCAAAGGGCUGGCACUCCAGGACAUCUUGACAGAAGUCCAUCUUUAUAUUCAUAGAAUUGAACUCCCUUCACCUGCUCUAGUAGGAUUGAUUAUUAAAAUGGCUGACAUUGAGCAUCGUUUAGCAUCAGGAACAAAUGAAAAUAUCCAGCUCAGUGCCUUGUUGUCUGCAUUUAUUACUGCACGAGACAUGGUGCCUGUGGUUACAGAGAGUUAAUAAGAUGCUUUUUGGAUUGUGUGUCACAAUUUAAUACAUGCAGAUCAAGGUUGAUGUUUUUAUGUUGUGACCUCAUCACCUGUUGAAGGUAGCUGACAAUAUAACUGCAACAUAAUGAUUGGUGAAAUAUCAUUUAGUGUGCUUGGAAAGCAAUAUCUGUGUAUAUAUUGCUUCUGGCAUUCCUGUCUGUGUGUUAGCUGGUACUCUUGUGCUCUGUUUUAGCCUCAAGGAUGAGAACAUGCAGUGCACUGACAGAUAUGUGACUUCUAACAAGUUUUUCAGUAUGAUAAAUUGUUUUAUGGUAUACCAGCUGCAAGAAGCAUUGUGUGUGUGUGUGUUGGGCGUGUGAAAAUUGACACAUCACUUUCUUCUUCUCCCCCUCCUCGUCCUAUGUCUUUAUGGAUCAAAUGAUGGUGCUUGCAUUGACCAUAAAAAUCUGUUUGCUAUAAUUGCUGGUUUUCCAUGAUCAGUGGUCUUCUUGAAGUCUAUUUAUGUGGCCUUCAAACCAGUCUCCUAACUCUUUGGUACUUAGUACAAAGGGCAUAGGUUGGGUAAAAACCUUUACAGCAUUGAGAUGCCAUUAUUCCUCACUGAAGGGCAGGAUAUCAUUUAAAUGGGAAAAAAAUUAUAUUCUGUGGACAUAAGUCAAAAUUUGCAAAAUGUGUCUUCAAGCCCUUUCAUACUGAGCAAUAUAUAUAUAUAUGCAGCAGUCGCUUAACUAUAGUCUAAACUUUCAAGCUGUCACCACUUCACAUCUACUAAAUGAUUUGAAAGGGACAAAUUUUGCAAACAUUGAUUUAAUGUCCAUUAUGUCAGAUCUGUGGAUAAGGAUAACAUUAACAGUGUACAGAAAAUUGUUGCUUUUGCAAAAUAUUGUAUAAAAAUGUUUAUUUAUAAAACAGUAUCAUAUUAAAAUACAUUGCUUUUUCCAAAUACAAGUUUUAUUUAAAUUUUGUGGAAGACAUUUUCAACUCUUCCAGCACAAAGAAUAAUAUGGUAAUUGAACUAAAUGACAGUUUUAACUAAUUUCUUAAGAAACAUAAUUAUCAUUUACAGAACAACUUGAAUGAUUUUCUCUCUGCUUGUAUAUCUUUAGAUUGUAUAUCAUUCUUGCUCUCAUUAAUUUAUUUAGCAUAUGUUGCUGUAAUUGUCAUCACAUUCAUCUUCACUGUAAAGUGUCUCUUUUGAGAGUGGUAAGUGCAGUGACUCUGUCUUGCCACAGUUGGUUACACCUUUCAUGUUAGAAUGUUUUCUAUGGAAAUGUUACUGAAACAGUUCCACUUUUGUAUUGUGAUAUUAUCUCACAAUAAAUAAAUAAAAUAUG